GAGACCCGGACCAAACCGUCUCCGGAAGGGGAGGUCGGCGGGCGUGGAAAGGCCGGUGGGACCGUACCAUCUUCGGCAGGGGUGGUGGUGGCGGGCGGUGCCACAAGUGGGGGUGGAAAGAGCGGUGGGAGCGCGGAGGCCGACUCUCGGGGGUCGGCCGUGGCUCCUCCCUGCCAUGAGCGGCCCGGGGCGCCCCGAGCCGCUGCCCGCCGAGACCCCUCUGCUGGCGCUCAGCGGCUCCCACUCGGUGCUGGUUCUGCAGCGCGGCUACGCGGAGCCGCAGGGGCCGGGUGGUGCGGUGCGCGCGGACGGCUCGGUGACGCUCGUCCUGCCUCGGGCCUGGGCCUCGGACCCCAGCCGCCGAGUGGCCGCGCCCGCACACGGUGACGCCGAGACCGCCCUGGAGGGGGCGGCGCGGGGCCCCAUCCUCGUGGACACGGGGGGACCCUGGGCCCGGGAUGCGCUUCUGGAGGCCCUGGCCGGGCAGGGCGUGACCCCCGGAGACGUGACUCUGGUGGUGGGGACCCACGGGCACUCGGAUCACAUCGGGAACCUGGGGCUGUUUCCCCGGGCUGCGUUGCUAGUCUCCCAUGACUUCUGCCUCCCCGGGGGCCUCUAUCUGCCCCACGGGCUGAGUGAAACGCAGCCCUUGGUACUGGGCUCCGGACUGCAGGUCUGGGCCACGCCGGGCCACGGGGGGCAGCGGGACGUGAGCGUGGUAGUGGAGGGCACCAGCCUGGGCACCGUGGUGGUGGCCGGCGAUGUGUUCGAGCGCCUGGGUGACGAGGACUCCUGGCAGGCCCUGAGCGAAGACCCGCUGGCCCAGCAGCGCAGCCGGGAGAAGGUCCUGAGCGUGGCCGACGUGGUGGUGCCUGGCCACGGGGCCCCCUUUCGGGUGGUCAGGGCCGCCGCGGAGAGCGCGGAGGAUCUGAUGAGUGACGACGGAAGCCGCUCGACCGGACCCCCGCCGGGAAAGCCCCUCCAGCAGGACUGAACCAGAGGACGCAGAGCCAGCAAGGUUUUCGCCACGUGCAGCCUUCCCAGGAGGAAGACUGGCUCAGCCGCGCAACCUCUGUGAGCCUCAGCACAGUGCUGGGAAACAUUAGUUAAAAUGUUUAUUUGGAAUAUGUGUGUGUCCGUGGAGCGCUGCAGGCGACUUGGAGGAGUCGGUUCUCCCCACCCUGAGCGUCCCACCCGGGACUGAGUUCAGAUCAUCAGGCUUGGCAGCGGGCGCUUUUACCCACGGGGCCAUUUUGACGAAUAUUUGCAUCAGUGAUGGUGUAGGCCUGAGCUCGAACUUGUAAUAAAGGGACUUGGGCCUAAUA